GUGGCGCUUGCGCGAGGGGCUGUUUUCCUCACGGCAGCUAGCUCCAUGUAAACUCCAGCAAUUUCCAGUGAGGACUUGAAAGAAAAAGCGCGAGUUCGCGGCUGGAGUCCGGUUUAAAAACGGUUCACAACAUGCUGGCUACGGGAGCGGCGGUGAGCACAACGAUGGCACAGGUGGAUCGGGAGAAGAUUUACCAGUGGAUCAACGAGCUGUCGAGCCCGGAAACCCGCGAGAACGCCCUGCUCGAGCUCAGCAAGAAGCGCGAGUCCGUCACUGACCUAGCCCCCAUGCUCUGGCACUCGUGUGGCACCAUCGCUGCGCUCCUUCAGGAAAUCGUGAACAUCUACCCCUCGAUUAACCCCGCUACCCUGACGGCUCAUCAGUCCAACAGGGUGUGUAAUGCACUGGCGCUGCUGCAGUGUGUGGCCUCGCACGUGGAGACACGUUCUGCGUUCCUGGCGGCCCACAUCCCCCUGUUCUUGUACCCGUUUCUUCACACCGCCAGUAAAACAAGACCAUUUGAGUAUCUUCGCCUCACCAGCCUUGGAGUCAUCGGAGCGUUGGUAAAGACAGAUGAACAAGAAGUGAUUAACUUCCUGUUGACGACAGAGAUCAUUCCCCUGUGCCUACGGAUCAUGGAGACGGGCAGUGAACUCUCAAAAACGGUUGCGACGUUCAUUUUGCAGAAGAUCCUGCUGGAUGACACGGGCCUGGCCUAUAUCUGCCAGACUUACGAGCGAUUCUCUCACGUCGCCAUGAUCCUGGGAAAGAUGGUGCUGCAGCUGUCUAAAGAGCCGUCAGCUCGACUGUUGAAGCAUGUUGUGCGCUGUUAUCUACGGCUCUCCGAUAACUCCAGAGCGAGAGAAGCGCUUCGUCAGUGUUUACCAGACCAGCUGAAGGACACGACGUUCGCACAAGUGCUAAAGGACGACACAACCACAAAGCGCUGGCUCGCUCAACUCGUCAAAAACCUGCAGGAGGGACAGGUCACAGACCCGCGUGGCAUCCCGCUGCCUGCCCAAUAACACACACACACACACACACACCCUCAGAGUGGACUGUUCUCAUGUACAAGGGCACUUACACAUGAGUUAUUUUGCAAAUAUUUAAAUUGUUUACUUUCGCUGUUAUUAGUUUUUGGAAAUGUUUCAGUAAAUUCUGCUGGGUGUUUGAUCAGAAACAAGAUGUAUUCAUGUUUUUCUACAUCAUUUGUCUGUGUGGCUCUUGUGCGCACACACACACAGCUUCUUGUUAAACACAAUGUUUGAAUGCUGUAAAAUAAAAAGGAAUCACUGUG